GCACUCGCCCGCCCUCCCUCUGAGCUAGCUUCUCUGGCCAGUCGCGCGUGGGCUGAGACCCUGGGCGGGUGUUGCGAAGGCUUGUUUGCUUGAGCCGGGUGCCCGCCGCGGUCCGGAGUUCCUUCCUCGCAGGUGAGGGGGUUCAGACCCCCUGCCUAAGGUGAAUGGGCUGUCGUGUGCGCUCCUAAGGGCUGGCUGGGGAGCUCGGGGGCCGGGGCCGCGACCAUGAACUCACCCGUGGACCCCGGCGCUAGGCAAGCUCUGAAGAAGAAGCCGCCGGAGCGGACCCCAGAGGAUUUAAACACUAUUUACUCUUAUCUUCAUGGAAUGGAAAUAUUAUCAAACCUCAGAGAACAUCAGCUGAGAUUAAUGUCUGCAAGAGCACGCUAUGAGAGAUACAGUGGCAAUCAAAUUCUUUUUUGUUCAGAAACUAUUGCCAGAUGUUGGUACAUCCUGCUUUCUGGAUCUGUGCUUAUGAAAGACUCCAUGGUCUUGCCUCCUUGCAGUUUUGGUAAGCAGUUUGGAGGAAAAAGAGGAUGUGAUUGUCUUGUAUUAGAGCCUUCAGAAAUGAUUGUGGUAGAGAAUUCCAAAGAUAAUGAAGAUAAUAUUCUCCAAAGAGAAAUUCCCGCCAGGCAGUCUCGACGAAGGUUUCGGAAAGUUAACUAUAAAGGAGAGCGCCAAACCAUUACUGAUGAUGUGGACAUCAACAGUUACCUUUCUCUUCCAGCCGAUCUUACGAAGAUGCAUAUCACAGACAACCCUCAUCCACAGGUGACUCACGUGUCUUCCAGUCAGUCUGGUUGUAGCAUCGCUAGUGACUCUGGAAGCAGCAGUUUAUCUGAUAUCUAUCAGGCUACAGAAAGUGAGGUAGGAGAUGUAGAUUUAACACGUCUUCCAGAAGGACCUGUUGAUUCUGAAGAUGAAGAGGAGGAAGAUGAAGAGAUUGAUCGAACAGAUCCACUGCAGGGGCGAGAUCUUGUUCGAGAAUGUCUUGAAAAAGAACCUGCAGACAAAACUGAUGAUGACAUUGAACAAUUACUGGAGUUUAUGCACCAGCUCCCUGCUUUUGCAAACAUGACCAUGAGUGUAAGGAGAGAACUCUGCUCAGUGAUGAUUUUUGAAGUGGUAGAGCAGGCUGGAGCUAUUAUUGUUGAAGAUGGACAAGAGCUUGACUCAUGGUAUGUUAUUUUAAAUGGCACUGUAGAAAUCAGCCAUUCAGAUGGAAAAGUUGAAAAUCUCUUUAUGGGAAAUAGUUUUGGAAUUACUCCCACUCUGGAUAAGCAGUACAUGCAUGGAGUUGUUAGGACUAAAGUAGAUGAUUGCCAGUUUGUCUGCAUAGCCCAGCAGGAUUAUUGGAGAAUUUUAAAUCAUGUGGAAAAAAAUACCCAUAAAGUUGAAGAAGAGGGAGAAAUUGUUAUGGUGCAUGAGCACCGUGAACUAGAUCGGAGUGGAACCAGGAAAGGACACAUUGUAAUCAAGGCAACACCCGAGCGUCUCAUCAUGCAUUUAAUAGAAGAACAUUCCAUUGUGGACCCAACUUACAUAGAAGAUUUUCUACUAACUUAUAGGACAUUUCUUGAAAGUCCUUUGGAUGUUGGGAUCAAACUAUUGGAAUGGUUUAGAAUUGACAGUUUAAGAGAUAAGGUAACACGGAUUGUUUUAUUAUGGGUAAAUAAUCAUUUUAAUGAUUUUGAAGGUGAUCCUGCUAUGACUCGAUUUCUGGAGGAAUUUGAAAAAAAUCUGGAAGAUACAAAAAUGAAUGGUCAUCUCCGGUUAUUGAAUAUUGCAUGUGCUGCAAAGGCUAAGUGGAGACAAGUUGUGUUGCAAAAAGCCUCCCGGGAGUCCCCUCUGCAUUUCAGUCUUAAUGGAGGAAGUGAGAAGGGAUUUGGUAUUUUUGUUGAAGGAGUAGAACCUAAUAGCAAAGCUGCUGAUGCAGGACUGAAACGUGGUGAUCAGAUAAUGGAAGUAAAUGGACAAAACUUCGAGAAUAUUACAUUUGUGAAGGCCCUUGAAAUUUUGAGGAAUAAUACUCAUCUUGCACUUACUGUAAAGACCAAUAUUUUUGUGUUCAAAGAGUUACUUAGUAGGACUGAACAAGAAAAAUCUGGUGUUCCUCACAUUCCAAAAAUUGCUGAAAAAAAAAGUAAUCGCCAUUCAAUCCAGGAUGUACCAGGAGAUAUUGAGCAGGCACCACAGGAGAAAGGAAAUAAGAAAGUAAAAGCAAAUACUGUUUCAGGUGGAAGAAACAAAAUCAGGAAAAUUUUGGAUAAAACACGAUUUAGUAUCUUGCCUCCCAAACUAUUUAGUGACGGAGGCCUGAGCCAAUCACAAGACGACAGCAUUGUGGGAACAAGACACUGUAGACACAGUCUGGCUAUAAUGCCUAUUCCUGGAACACUGUCAUCUAGCAGCCCGGAUCUUCUUCAGCCUACUACCAGCAUGUUGGAUUUUUCCAACCCUUCAGCUGUUGGUUUUUACUAUAUUCCUGAUCAAGUUAUAAGAGUUUUUAAAGCAGAUCAACAAAGUUGCUACAUUAUCAUCAGUAAAGACUCUACAGCUAAAGAAGUUGUUUGUCAUGCUGUUCAUGAAUUUGGUUUGACUGGUGCAUCUGACACAUAUUCUCUCUGUGAAGUUUCUGUUACUCCUGAGGGUGUCAUAAAACAGAGAAGACUCCCGGACCAAUUUUCCAAAUUAGCUGAUAGAAUUCAGCUCAAUGGAAGGUAUUACUUAAAAAAUAACAUGGAAACAGAGACCUUAUGUUCAGAUGAAGAUGCUCAAGAACUCGUUAAGGAAAGCCAACUAUCCAUGCUGCAGCUCAGCACCGUUGAGCUGGCCACUCAGCUGUCAAUGAGGGACUUUGAUUUGUUUCGUAAUAUUGAGCCUACUGAAUACAUUGAUGACCUUUUUAAGUUAAAUUCCAAAACAGGAAAUACUCACUUGAAAGAGUUUGAGGACAUUGUAAACCAAGAGACAUUCUGGGUUGCCUCAGAGGUUUUAACCGAAUCGAAUCAGCUUAAACGAAUGAAGAUUAUUAAGCAUUUUAUUAAAAUUGCACUUCAUUGUCGAGAAUGUAAGAACUUCAAUUCCAUGUUUGCAAUAAUAAGUGGCUUGAACCUGGCAUCUGUAGCACGACUCAAAGGUACUUGGGAAAAGUUACCAAGCAAGUAUGAGAAACACCUGCAAGAUCUGCAAGACCUUUUUGAUCCAUCUAGAAACAUGGCCAAGUAUAGAAAUAUUCUUAGUAGUCAAAGCAUGCAGCCUCCUAUUAUUCCACUCUUCCCCGUUGUCAAGAAAGAUAUGACAUUUCUACAUGAAGGAAAUGACUCCAAAGUAGAUGGUUUAGUAAAUUUUGAGAAGCUAAGAAUGAUUGCCAAGGAAAUCCGUCAAGUUGUUAGGAUGACUUCUGCUAACAUGGACCCAGCUAUGAUGUUCCGACAGAGGAAGAAGAGGUGGCGGAGUCUGGGGUCAUUGAGUCAAGGCAGUACAAACUCAAACAUGCUAGAUGUUCAGGGGGGUGCUCACAAAAAAAGAGCACGCCGUAGCUCUCUGCUUAACGCUAAGAAGCUAUAUGAGGACGCCCAGAUGGCAAGGAAGGUGAAGCAGUAUCUUUCCAGUCUGGAUGUGGAGACAGAUGAGGAGAAGUUCCAAAUGAUGUCAUUGCAGUUGGAGCCUGCAUAUGGUACCUUGACCAAGAAUUUAACUGAAAAAAGAUUAGCCAAAUCAUCAGAAAUGUCUCCAGUGCCUCUGAGGUCAGCUGGCCAAACAGCUAAAGCCCAUCUACAUCAGCCCCACAGAGUAAGCCAGGUGCUUCAAGUGCCAGCUGUUAAUUUGCACCCCACCAGGAAGAAGGGGCAAUCAAGAGACCCUGUCACAUUGAGCACAAGUUCACCUCAGAAAGUUUUAGGAACAACUGAAGAAAUGAGUGGUAAGAAACAUUCGGAAGACACUGUUUCCAUGACAUCGUCCUUACAUUCCAGUCCUCCUGGAUCUCCUCAAGGUUCCCCACGCAAAGGUUACACACUUAUACCAUCAGCUAAAUUGGACAACUUGUCUGACUCCAGCCACAGUGAGAUUUCUUCACGGUCCAGCAUUGUGAGCAAUUGUUCUGUGGAUUCCGUGUCUGCAGCUCUGCAGGAUGAACGGUGUUCCUCCCAGGUCGCGGCAGCCCCUGAAUCCACCGGGCUGUGGGAAAGGACAGAGCACUCCUCAGGGACAGGAGACCGUGGUCAGCUUGGCCCCGGGUGGACACUCUCAAAGCCAUCUCCAAUCAAGAGUUUAGCUGUCUCAUCUUCUAUGAGCAAUGAAGAGAUUUCUCAUGAGCACAUCAUUAUAGAAGCAGGCGAUAGUGGUCGUGGAAGUUGGACUUCCUGCUCAAGCAGUUCCCAUGACAACUUCCAAAGCCUUCCAAACCCAAAAGGCUGGGAUUUCUUGAACUCCUAUCGACAUACCCAUUUGGAUGGCCCCAUUGCUGAAGUUGAACCCACUGACUGUGAGCCCUAUUCCUGUCCUAAAAGCUGCUCCAGAACUUGUGGUCAGUGUAAAGGAAGCCUCGAGACUAAUCAGAUGAGACAGAGUUGGGCCUCCUCCAGUUCUCUUUCUGACACGUACGAACCAAACUAUGGGACAGUUAAGCGGAGGGUGUUGGAGAACACUGCCGCUGAGUUGUCUGAAAGCUUGGACCCCAAGGAUGGCGCUGACCCAGUUUAUAAAACUGUUACUUCAAGUACAGAAAAGGGCUUGAUUGUGUACUGUGUCACCUCACCCAAGAAGGAGGAUAGGUAUAGGGAGCCACCUCCUACUCCUCCAGGAUACAUGGGGAUUUCUUUAGCGGACCUAAAGGAAGGACCCCACCUACACCUAAAACCUCCAGAUUACAGUGUGGCAGUGCAGAGAUCAAAGAUGAUGCAUAACAGCUUGUCUAGACUGCCAUCAGCUUCUCUCAGUAGCAACCCCAUGGCCUGUGUUCCAUCGAAGAUUGUAACUCAGCCUCAGAGGCGUAGUUUGCAGCCAUCCCAUCCUAAACUAGCAGAUGUGACUGAUGCAGAUAGCGAAGCAGACGAAAAUGAACAGGUGUCAGCAGUCUAGCCUUUGGAGGCCCAUUUGACGCCUGAAAAGUCCUGGAGGAAGGAGUGGGCAGAGCCACCUCAUGGUUCCACCGGCCAGCAGACAGCACGCUGCCGCUGCCGCAACCAGAGGUUCCAUUCCCCGUCCUCUGAGCCGCGAUGAGCCUGCGCCUGCCUCCUCAUUGAUCCCUGCAGAUGCGCGUCUCCGCAGCGAUGGAUGUCGUGCCUGGAUACGUCUUCACUUUGCACACCAGACCUGCCUUGGGACCAAGUUACUAGAACAAAUCCAGACUCGGAGUCCUCCUCGUGUAUAAUAUUAUAUCACUAUAGGUUUUCCUUUAACAAGUUAUUUUUAACACGUUAAGCGCCAAGCCUGUUUUGUCUUGUUUUCCGUUUAGCCCGCGAUAUCCGAUUUCACCGAUAUGCUGGCAGCACCAGUGACUGACCAGUCCAGACGGAAAAGUAUAGUGUCAGUCACCGGUGACUGGCAUGGUGCUUAACGUGUUAAAAUAGUCGUGGUAGUAUUUUCAAGCCAUAGCUUGGGCUAAUGGACAAAUUCAAAAUGUCUGCCAAUAUGGACGAUAGUCUUGUGUGUUUGAAAAGUAACUUAUUAUUUGAAGUUUUUGUGAGUUUUGUAUUUGGAAGCUCUCAUUCGCUGAUGUUUGUUUGAGACCAUAAAACUGUCUCUGAUCUGACCAAACAGAAGUCGCCUUUAUAGGGUGAUAUGCUUGACCUAUACAGAACUUUGAGGAUCUAGCUAGCACCAAUGCACGUCAGGUCUCAGCCUGAGUGGAAUUGGAUGCCAGUUGCAGUUGAGGCGUAGGAAGAAAAAUACUCAUGUGCUGGUCUCCAUUUGGAAGACCGAAUGAACUGCCACAGGGUUUCUUCCCAGUCCUUUGGGGAAGGGAGAGGCAAUCCUAAUUUCCAACGAAUGAAAUGUUUAUGUGAAAGUCAUGCUGCAUCUAACUAAAAGUAUAAAUACAGUAAAUAGAGAAUGGGUUCUAGAGCAUUCUACUCCAUAGAAACCCAAAACUAAAAGUUUCUCAACUCGAAUAUGGAGUUCUUUUUUAAAGGAUGUGUCAUCCUGGUGGUGGGACCCUGAGGAUGAACUUAGCUCUGGUCAGUGCUUUGCCGCACUCUCCCCAUGGCACAGCUUGGGACCCGCUGAUCUCCCAGCUGCCUGCAGUAAAGCUCAUUAGCUCAUGAAGGUAUAUACAGUGGGGCCUUGACUUAUGAGUUUAAUUCGUUCGAGACCAAGCUUGUUAAGGAACUCGUUAACUCAAAUUACUCUGUCAACUCAAUGCAAAAAAUCAGCCGAGAGACAGCUGGUAUCUCAAAAAACUCGUUAGUCGGGACACUCGUAAGUCAAGGCCCCACUGUAAUUGGUAGAAAUUUCUGUGAAGGAAACAGGCACUAGAAUUAUGGAAAUGAAUUAUCUCUGUUCCCAUUGUAGCCUAAGACAGAAAGGAAAUAUAUUUUUUAAUAGCCCGUUGGGCAUGGCACUCUUAGGUAUUUAAGUUUUAAUGAUUGUUUAGUGGACAAGCUAGCCUCUCCACAUUUUUACAAAUAAAAUAUAAUGUGUUCUCUAUCUUACAUUUAAAUUUUUAAAUUUGUUUUUUAGUGUAAAGGCAAAUGAGAGCUUAAUAAACUUCUGUGGCUACCAAAAAAAAAAAAAAA